AUGAAUUUCUUGAAAUUAGAACUUGAUUAUCAGCUUCACUCGAAAUUAUCAUUAGUUUUAAAAAUCAUUACAACUGCACAAAAAUGCCAUAUUAUUAUAACUGUAGCUUCAACAUCUGGCAUAGAUGGUUGUUCAACAUGUAAAUUUUUCGUCGAAAUAAUUUAUGGACAACUUCAAAGUAAUAAAACAGAAGAUGAAUUACGACAUUUGGUUAAAAAUGCAUGUUCUAUUCUACCUGGUGAUUUUUCGGAUAAAUGUUCCGAAUUGAUUGAUCGUUAUUUAGAUGAUAUCAUUAAAAUGAUCGAAAAUAACUAUCCACCAGAGCAAAUAUGUCAAACAAUUUCACUCUGUCCCACCGUACCAUCUUGGAGUUUAUCUGAACAAAAUCCAUGCUUAUUAGGUUCAACUUAUUGGUGUCGUGAUUAUAGUACAGCAAAAAUGUGUAAUGCUGUGCAAUAUUGCAAUUUCAAUGGUUGGACAACUUAUCCACCAUCAAAUCAAAAUAAAUUCUUUCAAUCUCAAUGUGAAUUAAUGAAAUUAGCUGAAAUAUGCGUAAAUUCCGAGUUGGCGAAAAAAUGUAAUCGUAUAAAUGAUUGUUAUCAAGAACAAGUGAAAAAUUUCUUAAAUUUAUUUAGUAUUUCAACAUUAUCUUUGGAUAAUACAAAUGAUCAAUCCCCAUGUUCUGUAUGCGUUAUGAUGACAACCAAAUGGUUGUUACAAUGGGAUUUAUUUGGUGGACCAAUUAUUAAUCGUAGUAUAUGCAGUGAAUAUAAAACUGUCAAUGAAUUACAACAGUGUUAUAAUGUUGUUGAAAAAGCUGGAACGUUGUUGAUUAAUUCAAGAAAUGAUCGUCAAAAUGUUGAACAAAUAUGUGCUCGUACAAUCAAUUGUGCUCCAUUGGUGGUGAAAAGUGAACAAUCAUCACCUGUACAAACACAAAGCGAUGAUCAUCAAUCAAUGAAUGCAAAUCCGGAUCAAUUAGGUCAUCAAUUGGAUUUGGAUAAAAUUGCUUGUUUAGCCGGUCCCACCUAUUGGUGUUCAUCAAAAGAAAUAGCUAAAAAAUGUAAUGCAAUCAAUUAUUGUACAGAUUUAUAUACACCGGAAAUUAUUAAUCCCAAUGAUAUGGAUAACAAUGAUAAAAUGGUUGAUAACAAUCAUGCCACUACUACUACACCAUCAAAAACUGUUAAAACAAAAUCAGAACACAUGUUAGGCAAAAAUCCAUGUACAUGGGGACCAGGUUAUUGGUGUCAAUCAGAACAGACUGCUAAAUUAUGCGGUGAUUCAGCUUUGGAACAUUGUCAAACUAAAGUAUGGCUCGUUAGUAGUAGUAGUAGUACAUCACAGAAAUUAUCAACAAUAAAAACUACUAAAAUUGAUGAUAAAUGUACACGUGGUCCAUCAUUUUGGUGCGCAUCAUUUGAAAAUGCAAAAUUAUGCGGUCAACAUGCUGAAUGGCAUUGUAUCAAUGUAGUUUGGUCGAAUAUACAUAAAUCCAAUAUGAUGAAACCGUAAUAAAUUGAAUGAGAAUGGAAUUUUUUUUUUGACUGUUUAGAGAACAUUUUUGUAUUCCCACUUUUCCCCCGAGGUUCAUUCGUACUCUCUUUUUUUGUUGCUUUGUGUGUGUGUAUUCCUGUGUGUGCUGCAUACGGGCGCUCAUUUGCCUACUCAUUGAUUUUGUUGAAUGUGGUGUUUUCUACUGGUUAACUUUUAGAAGAAAAAAAAAGUAAACCUAAAAAUCAUGGAGUAUUUUUUUUCAUUUUGCUCUUCUUAUUCAGAUAAAAAUAUGUUGAUUGACAAUAACUAUUAAUUAAUUAAUCUCAUUUCUAAAUUGUUGUUGUCUUUUUAUACAAAUGUAUUGUUUGAUUAAAUAAAAGCUUAUUGUUCAAUUUAUAUAAA